GGCGUGGCUAAACGGUCAUCGCAGUCAGGCUAGUGUGCGCCCCGACAAGGAGGCGGAGGGAGCCGGCGACGGAAGGGAAUCUCCCGCCAUUUUUCAAUCCUUUCCCUUUAUUUAGAGUGUGUGACGGAGGCGGGCGGGAAGCCGGCGGCGGGGGUUCGGACGGACGAGAAGGCGGUGUGUAGCUGCAGGAUCUCGGGCUGAACGGGCCGGCCUCACAGGGACCGCUCUCCCCCGGACACACGCACCGCUCCCGGGAUGGCGCCGCUGCUGGGCCGCAAGCCCUUCCCUCUGGUGAAAGCGCUGAGCGAGGCUCCCGGAGACGGGGAGGUGUUUAUAGUGGAGCACUCCGGGGAGGCCUUCCGGAGCCAGGAGUAUCCUUCCUGACAGGCCGUGAUGGCGGGAGGGAGGACAAUGGGGGAUUAACCUGCUCGCUGCCGGGACCUGCCCAAUAACGGGGUCCGACGGCUACAGUGACCGGCUGUCCGGGAACUACAACUCCCAUCAGGCUUUGCCAGCAUUUUCGCUCGGAGAGCAUCGUGGGAGUUGUAGUUAUAUAACCGAUGGGCAGCCAGGCACCUGGGAUCCUAACUCAUAGUGCUCAGCUAUCACACUACAACUCCCAUGGUGCUCAGCUAUCACACUACAACUCCCAUGGUGCUCAGGCUAUCACACUACAACUCCCAUGGUGCUCAGGCUAUCACACUACAACUCCCAUGGUGCUCAGGCUAUCACACUACAACUCCCAUGGUGCUCAGGCUAUCACACUACAACUCCCAUGGGGCUCAGGCUAUCACACUACAACUCCCAUGGGGCUCAGGCUAUCACACUACAACUCCCAUGGGGCUCAGGCUAUCACACUACAACUCCCAUGGGGCUCAGGCAAGCUGAAUGACAGGCUGUGUAGAGCAGAUGGUGUGCUGUAGGUUAGAUAUUACUACUUGUUUUACUGACUGGGGGCAGCUGGUAGAAGAGGUAAGUAGCAGUUCGUGCCCAUGCUCUCCACUGAUGGGGGUUUCUUUGUUCCUGUAGUGUGGAUGCAGUGAGUUUACUUAUAGGGUAUGCUGGUUGGAGGAAGGACUGUAUGUGGUUUGUCCUGCUGUCAGGACAGAUAGUUCUCAGCCAUAGAAGUGUCUGGUGUGGGAUUGUGCCAGAAUCUGAUGGCAACUGCACGUUUCAUUCUAUUCUGCCUGUAAGGAAGUGAAACACUUGGUUAUUUCAUGCUUAGUGCAAUAUUACAGGCUAGGAGGGAAGGACGUCAUACUGUUGGCUGCCGUCAUAGUGAUUCCACCUACUAUUGGAAGAGGUGUAUUGCAAAUUAGUGAGGAGUUUUGUUUUUCUUAAUUUAGUGGCGUAGGAAUAAAGGACACCGUUGUGUUUCAUUAGGUAUUCAGUACUUAUAUGAAAACUGUUAAUCAGAUCUUUCACACUUGUGUAUCAUUCUGUGCUAUAGUCUAAUCCUCUUCUCCAUGUACAUUCCUUGUUGUUAAUGCAUUGGCUUGCAAUAAGAUUGUGUUCCUCUGUGCUCUUUUGAACUUCAUGCUAACCUAAUUUUUUUUUCUAUUAAAGUUUCCUGUAUAUGCAGCUUGCACUGCUUUCUGUUAAUUACGCAAAAUAAGUAUUGUUUUAACUCUUUAAAACUAGUUCAAGAAAAUCUACUUGUUAAAAUCCGCAAAGAUUCCCUAGAUGCAUUUCUGUGCUAUAGGGUACCAUCGUGCAUUACUCUAUAUCAAAGUAUCAUAGCUCUUCCUGUCUAGUAGAUGGGUGGGUGGAGAUUUGGAAGUUCAUGUGGGGAAUUCAUUGGUUUCCUCUUUCCUGUGAUGCUGUCUGAGGCCUUGUUACGCCUUUUUAGAUUUGUUCUAUUGUGUGGUAGAGUGACUGUAUUCUAUGAAGUUUGUCUUAAUGUUCAUCAUUCUUUUUGUUGUUUUCUAAAUGAAAUAUUGUGUAUAUAGGCAAACUUUUGUAAAUCUAAGAAAGCAUAUUUUAUCUGAAGUUUUAUUUUCAAGUGUUUAGCAGUUAUUGCUCCAUUGUUUCUGGGGGCUUUGAUUUCGGGGUGAUAUUUACCAUUUAACAGGGGGUGUGAGAGGGCAUCCUUAGACACUGUGAUUUAUGUUCAACUAUUUAAACUAUAGAGAUUCAUGUUUAAGUCACAUGCUCCACAUAAAAUAAUCAGUCAUGUCUUAACUAUUUCCUAAACUCUAUGUAGUAGACAGCUUUUCAACAUCGGUUGUAUAACUAUUGCUUGAAGUAGGAAAUGCGACAUUUGACACUCUUUUAUAGAAGGGGAAAAACCUGGAAAUAUGUAGUAUAAUAUUUAUUUUUAUGCAGUUUUAAGGCAUGGCUAGUGAAGAAUUAGAACAUACAAGUAGUGUAUGUAUGUUAAAUUGUUUUGCAUUCCUUGGAAGCUUUGCAUUCCUGCUUGCAUAUGUUGUAGUCUUAAAGGGAGACUAUAACAAUUCGUGUAUAAGGUUUGUGUCUGUUCAGUAGACGCUAGGUUGUGAAAUGGCCAGUAGGAGUACAUCGUUUUAAUUAGCAGGUGUUUUCUGAACAGUAAGAAAACUGCUACACUCAGUCCCUUCAUUUUAAUAAAGCUCUGAAAUGAGUUUGAAUUUGUGGUAUCUGAGUUUGGGUUGUUUCUCACUAUUGGGGCAAAGAGGUGAUGCCAUUCAUGUAGUCCUAUCAAAUUGUCAUUGUGUGGAAACCUUUGUUUAUCUUUUGUUAAGUAGAAGUUUAUGCUGCCCACGUGAAACCUAGUAUUUAUUUUGAAAUGUCUUGUGGGUUCCCAAUUUAGCACUGUUAUAAAAGUGCCAGUUUCUCUCGAAAUCGGUACUUUUAUAAACUGAAAGAGGACCCUCUGUUAACUCGUAAACCCAUAAUGCAAGCUCAGCUUAGUUACUUUAUAUUUUGCUGUAAUGGUUAUGAUGCAAGGAGGUCCCUGGCAAUGUUUGCCUUCUUAACUGGAUUCCCACCAGGUGCCGAGUUUCAUCUAUGGCCAGUGAUGUGCAUGUCGAUCCUGGCUGAGAGCGCUAGCUUAGUGCUCUCAACCAAUGAAUGACAUUCUGUGCUUUAAACUAUGCACAGCAUAGAUGCCAAAAUGCUUUUGUUCAGGGCUGGCUAAUGACACUGUUAGGGUUAAACAAUGCAUGUGCAGUACUUCAUAGUGAAAAGCUUGAACAUACUACAGGCACCAAAAUCAAUGAAGUGAUCAUGAUGCUUGGAGUAACCCUUUACAUUUGGGAAUAACUAAAUGAUAUAAAGGGUUACUAGAGGCACCAAAACAAUGUUAAUGCUCCUGUCCCUAUAGUGUUCAUUUGAGCGAACAUGUCUUCCUAACAUAUAGUGUUAAAACCACCAUCUAGCUUUCCUGCCCCUUGCCCACCUAAAUUUAGCAAAAUCUAACCUUUAUUGCAGUCUGCUCCUGAUCUGCCUGCUUGACUGACAUAAUCAGAAGUGUUGAACUGAGCCAAUCACAAUACUUUCACACAGGAAAGCAUUGGAUUGGCUUAGACUGUCAAGGAGGCAGAUUAGGGGCAGAACCAGCACAAGCCAAACACAACCCUGGUCAAUCGGCAUCUCCUCAUAGAGAUGAAUUGAAUCAAUGUAUCUGUAUGAGGAAAGUUGUGUCUGCAUGCAGAGAGGGUGGAGACACUGGCAGUACUGCAGUGUGCAGCACUGCCCCAGGAAGCACCUAUAGCAGCCAUCUGAGGAGUAUCAUUAGGCUGUAAUGUAAACACUGCAUUUUCUCUGACCGUUUUUACUGCAAAAAGCCUGAAGGGAAUGAUUACACUCACCAGAACAAAUACUAUAAGCUGUAGUUAUUCUGGUGACUAUAGUGUCCCUUUAAUGAAGCUGAUUUGGUGUAGUAUUAGUAGUAUUAUUAUUCGUCAGAUUCCACAGCGCUUUACAAUGGGUGGACGAACAGACAUAUAGUUGUAACCAGACUAGUUGGACACACAGGAGCAGAGGGGUUGAGGGCCCUGCACAAUGCCCUUACAUGCUAGAGGGAGUGGGGUAAAAUGACACAAAAAGGUGAGGGUAGUAUUAGACUAGUGACAGUUGCAGAAGAGGAAUCAGUCAGGGGCUAUUAACAGUUCAAUUGAUACGCUUUUAUGAAGAACUGGGUUUUUAACUAUAUAUUUUUUUGAAGGAGUGGAGUCUGGGUGAGCAUCUAACGGAGGAGGGAAGCGGGUUCCACAGGAACUCACGUGCCUGCAUCUCACUGCUCCGUUCUCUAUUUAGGAGUUCUGUCACUUUGUUUUAUGCAGUCCUAGUGACUCCUCCCUGCAUGUAACAUACACAGCCUUCCUAAUCACUGUAAACAGAUAUCUAAUGUUUAAACUUCCUUUGCUACACAAUCUAGAGUUUAUCACCUGCUCUGUUAAUAGCCUGCAUAAUCCCCCUGUAUGUGAACAGAGUUCAUUUAACAGAGUAUGCGAUUAAAAAUGUCAGAUCUGAAAAAAUUUCCCACCUGUGACGGUCCGCCUGGCACCCUGACCGCGUACCUCUGUCAAUCGCUUCCUAGUAAUCCUUGAAUACCAUAAACAUGGACCACUGGAACACCGUAAACCGCCGCAGCUUGGUUGGGGUUUUGCUCUCCACCCACCCUGGAGCCAAGACCAGAUCCAGCUUCCAGUGGAUAGACCUCUCCUAGUCCAGAGAGCGAAGCAGACUGCUCUUACAAGAGCAAUUGUGGUGAUCCAAGGGAGUAUAGUGAUUAUAGCAAUCCCCAGAGUGAAUAUAGCUUUCCAAUCCCCCCAAAAUGAGCCUAGACUUCAUGAAUGGUAAAACGAAUCUCCGUUUAAUGGUAGCCACAACUGGCCUUUUAUGACCGUCCCCAAGCAAGGGGCACUCUCCCCUGGACCUGAGAGUAAACCAGAGUAGAAACAAAUACACAAUCACCUUGGCUCUUAAGUCCAGGACACUGCCAUACAAAAUAGGUCAAUACCUCCCCUAUUCCUGGGAGAUAAUUGAGUCAAGCACUGUAUUAAACUCAAUUAUCUCCAAACAUAAACACACAUUUCCCAAACACCCCAAAAAUACCUUAAAACACACAAUCCCCACAAAAGUUACAUCCCAUGAUAGCCCCGAUCUGUGUGAACAAUAUAUCCAAAAAUCACCCAGAUCGGUUCAGGAAUUUCCUAGAAAUCAUAGUUUUGGCCCACUGUACGCAUGGUCCCAUGCCCAAAACAGUUCCAUAUAAUCGCGGCUAAGUGCCGCUGGGGACCGACCGGGAAACAGUUUUCAUGCCGAAAAUAGUUCCAGGGCAUUCGCGGCUAAGUCGCCCUGAAGUCUAUUCGCGGUUUUGGUCCAUGCGAACGGCCGCUAUUGAGCUAGUUCGGCUCUAUGGUAAGUGCCGAACAACGGGGAAUAAAAUAUGGGUCUUUACAGUCGCUGACCUGGAGAGGGCAAGCAAGCCCUUCCAAGAACAUGUGACAAAGAUCAGUUCGUCACACCAGUAACAGACAAGGGAAACUGUGACUAGGCAGUAAGACUGCAGGGACAUGAUCUGUACACCACAACUGUUUCAUUAAAGAGACACUUGAGGCACUCACACAAUUUCAGCUCAAGUGGUCUAGGUGCAAAUUCCCAGGUCCCUUAAAGGGAAAAUAUAGUGCCAGGAAAACAAACUAGUUUUCCUGGCACUAUAGCUUCCCCCUUUGUGAAGGUCCCCAUGGUGUAGAAGAGGUAAAUAACACCUAUCACUUACCUGGGUCCAGUGCCGAUUCAGUACAAAUUAUCUGCCGCCAUUGCAACAAUGGUAUCUCUGCCCAAUGUCUAAAGGUUUCAGGGAAAAAUACGGAGACAAAGUCACUACUCAGACUCAGUAUAUCUUAUUAGUUUGGAUUUCAAUGAAAUUCCAACAUUGUCCGUAAGAGUAUUUUAUCUUUAUGAAAUACUCACUUGACAGGCCAGGUUGACAGUGCUGCUCUAAAGCAGCCCCUAUUUUUUGAUUGUGUGUGUGUAUAUGUGUAUGUAUAUCUAUCAUUCACAAACUUGUUUACAUCUCUGAUUUGAAUCUUUAACAUUUCAUAGUGUGCGUGUGUCCCAUGAUAUUGUUUAAUGAAGCAAACUGGCCAUGCAGGAAACUCUCUGAAAGCGUGUUUACACUCUGAAACUGAACAUGUGCACAGGCUAGGACUCAAAUGCCAUAAUGAAACCAGGGACAGGCCAGCAUUGCUUUUGCUUUAGUGCAGCAACAUUUUAAAUGUAAGAUACGAAACGUUCAAGGCUCAAUAACUGCACAGGAUUCUUACAAUCUGUAUUGUGGGUAUGCAUUGAUGACUUUGAUAGUUUUUCUUUGAGUUGUGUAUGCGUGGUUGGUUAUAUUUAUUGUAGAGUGGAACCUUGGAACUCAAUCUGUUCCAGAAGGCUGCUGUUUACAUUGCUGCAUAAGAACACCUUCAGUGGCAGUCAGACAGCCACGAGAGGUGCUACCUAGUCCAAUGCUCAUAGAGAUGCAUUGCUUAAAUGCAUCUGAGGAGAUGCUGAUUGGUGCAGUGUGAUGUUUUGCCGAGCAUGGGCAGUAGCAUCCUAAUGCUUUCUUAUUGAAAAGCAUUGGAUUGGCUAAGAUCAAGCUUGUUCUCAGCUAUAGAGGUGGAGCUAGACGCUCCAAGACGGACGUGGAAGAAAAUGUGAGUAAAAUUACCUUUUUACUGAUAUUGGAGGGGAACUAGGGAUCUUUAAUAGUUUAACACUAGUGUUCCUGACAUCAAUGUUUAUUUAAAAUAAAGUUUCGGUCAUGCCAAGGCUCGUUUGCAUUUUCCUGACCUAUUGUACUACAGAGAGUAUGAAGCACGUCUGGCACGAUAUGCAGAACGGAUCUGGACAUGCAAGAGUACGGGAAGCAAUCAGCUGACUCACAAAGAAGCCUGGGACGAGGAACAGGAAGUGGCAGAGCUGUGAGUAGUAGUACUUUAAGAUGGCUUCUAAUUUUUAUGUCUACAAGUAUAAUGAACCUGAUUAGCUGAGUAAGGUACAAUGCUACAGUACUGAAUGUGAACAAAGUACAAUGCUAAAUAUAAAAAGAAUGUUGGAGGAAACAGAUCAAUCAUGAUUAACGUGACUGAUUACAGAUGUAAACUAGUGAGUCUGUCCCUGGCCUUUUUUCAGCCCAUUUCUUGAUCACUUUGUUUUGGGUGGUCUUAGGUGGAUUUUUAUUAUACUGUUAAAAUGAAUAUAUAUUUUAUUCACAGUGGUUUCCCCACCGACCUAAAACAAUUUUUUUUUUUAUUUUUUUUGGGGGGGGGGGUGAUCGGUCUUGUGCAACCUAGUUAUAGCACUCUUAUUUUACUGUGCCUCGGAGUGUAUUUAAAGGUUGUAGGGUUUUUAUUUUGAGGGAUUUUGCAAACUGACCUCUGGCUCUCUUGCCAUAAGGAGAGAGAGAGCAUCCAGAGGUAGAUUACCAUCUAAAUCUGUAGUUUCUAAACCAGUCCUCAAAGCAUGCUUAUCAGUCAUACUGUUUUUUUUUUUAGGAAAAAAGAGAGGGGGAAAAAAAACCAAAACACCUGGGUAAUUCCUUAAUCCUGGACCGAUAAGUGUCCGAUGAGGUCUGGUUUUGAAACCAUUGAGAUGGUGGUGUAAAGAUGGAAAAAGCAUAAUUCUACUUUGAUUAGCCCUACCUUGUGGUCUGAUCUAUCUAAAGCUUGUAGAAUUGUCAUGUUUGAAUAAAUAUUGAUUUCCUUGACCCGAUAUUUGCUGCAAAGAUAACAAAACAACCUUAGAAUUACUAUUGGGUAUCUUGAUUAUUGUGCAGUUCGUCAUGAACCCCAUUAAUACAAAUGAAUGUUACAUAACUUUUAAUUUAUUUUAUGUAGCUUGAAAGAAGAAUUCCCUUUGUGGUAUGAAAAGCAGGUGCUAGAGCUUGUUCACCAUAACACAAUCUCCUUGGACAAAUUGGUUGACCAGGCUUGGAUGGAGAUAAUGACAAAGUAUUCUGUAGGGGAAGAGUGUGAAUUUGAGGUAUGCACUUGAGGUUGGCUAAUUGCACUAUUUUGUGGUAAAAAAACAAACCUUUUCUUGUAUUACAUCACUAACAUUUACCUUUUUACAAUAAGUUAUAGAUGUUGGAUAGUAUCAGAUUUUAUUAUAGUUUUUAUUAACUCUACAGUUUUGUCCACUUUAAAUUAAAAUAUUCAGUGUUAUUUACCCACUCUAUUUUUUUGUUUGUUUUUUUUUUUUUUUCUAGUACAAUUUAAACUUAGAACUGAGCCCCAUGAGUUUAUAAUCUAGUAUUUUAGCACCUCUGAAAUGUCCUUAACAAGAAUUGAGUUUGGAGUAUGUUUGUAUUGCAUCAAGAUUUCUCUUACCAUGUACAAGGUAGUGCUUUCUGGUGCCUUGUAAGUACUACAAGGGUCCUUCUGCUCUGUCAAUGCAGCUACGCAGUAGCAGAACAUCUGCAUAUGUAAUAUGAGCCAGCUGCAUUGCUCCUGUAUACAUCACAAUAAUCCUUGCACUAAUCAUCUCCAGCAGCCAGCUUAGCCAUACCCUUUCCUUACCGUACUAAUUCAUCCCACCACACCCCCUGCCUUUUUGCUGCUGUGCUAUGACCUCACUGCUAUCACACUGCCUCUUCACUGCUUUACCCUUUGUUCCGAAUGCCAGUCCCACCUCUUACAUGCUGGGGGAUGCCUCCCCCUUCCAACACGUAGAGCACAAUGUGACUGCUGCCACCUUGUGGGGAAUAUGAGGAUGUUGAUGACAAGCACCCAACACAAUACCAUAAUUUGAAAAAUAAGUUCAAUGACUAGGAACGGAAAGAAUCUCUUGUAGGACCUUUCGGUGCAUGGGUGGUGUGUAUUGGUUUACAUGAUAAAACUGGCUUAUCACGGUCUGUGGUAGUUUAUUAAUGGUAUAAGUUAAAGUCUUAUUUAUAUUAAAUUUUGCAUAGGUGGGACCAGAAAAGUACUUGAAAGUGAAAAUUGUACAAAUGCAUCCUCUAGAGACUGAUGAGGUGCUGGCUACAGAAAAAAAGGCUGAUGCUGCUUGCGAUUCUCCAUCAAGUGAUAAAGAAAACUCCAAUCGCAUAGCUCAGGACAACCAGUUGAAAGAAGAAAGUCGAUUAGAUACUCUGAGCAGCCUUAGAGAAAGUAUGUACUAUGGCUAUUUACAAGUCUCCGUUUUGUUUCUUGAAAAUGUUUCCUUAUGCUGGGACAUUCCUGUGACUUGACUGGAUAGAAUGGCAAAAUUGCUUCUAUUAAAGCCUUGCUGCAAUUCAUUCACUAAAGCUAGAAUUGAUAGGGGAAUAAAUUUAUAUAUUUUUUUUUCUUUCAAAAAAAUUGAACAAAUUCUCCCAUUCAGAUAUCUUUGUAGCUUCUGUAUGCCUAAUACAUAAGCGUUUCUUUCGCUCUCCAUGCUCUAGAAAUCCCUGUUUAAUAACCCACUCCUGUGACACUGUAAAUCUCUAUUUCCUUUUACCGUAAGGUAGGUAUGUCUUGUGUUAACAUGUAUUCAUAAACGUUUCUAUUUUGCAGGUGACAGGGCUAGACGCUCUCCUCGUAAACUUCCUGUAAGCUUAAAAAAGGAGGAGAAAAAAUGGGUUCCACCCAAGUUCCUGCCACACAAAUAUGAUGUGAAGCUAGUCAGCGAAGACAAGGUAAAGUACAACCAGCUGUGUGAUCGUCUCCUCUUUCUGUCCUCACACAUUUACUGUUUCUGUGAGUGUUCUUUCUUUAUAGUGUUGUCCUGCUUUUACAACGCCUUACUAUUCAAUAUAUUAAACCGCACAUUUACUAUUUACAUGUUGAAAACAUCUGUAUAAAUAAAAAGUUCAUGAUUGUCAUUCCUUGCACCAAUUAUAGAAAACAUAGUAGAAUAUGGCAAAAGAUGUGUGGUGAGUGUGCUUGUAAACAUGCUUAUAUAGCUAUAUAUCAUGUUUUUGUGUGUAUGUAUAUUUAAUACAUUGCUAAACACAAAUACACACACUGUUCAAGCCAUAAGACUUGCUUUUUCACACAGAAAUCUCACUUCAACAGUGCUCUCACUACUUCAAGGGAUUCUGGGUAGGCAAUUGCAAAUGAGCUCAACAAAGAACAAAUUUCUGCCUCAUAAUUACACUUUAUACAUGGAUUCCUUGGAGUAUGUGUCUGCUGUAUAGAACAGCUUUGAAACACAACUCAGGAAGAGGAGCAAAGCCAGUGAACCACUCAUGGAUAGCUGUUUCGUUUGGUUACUGGCUUGGUGUGUGUGUAUAGCAUACCCUUGGAGAAUUGGUAAUAUAUGUAAAAUUUUUAAAGAAAACAUGAGUGAGCAGGCAAAACACAUUUCUUUUAUUUCUUAUGGGAUUCAUAUUCAACUGUAGGUUAUAAUUGAAUGGCACAAUCUUAAAACAAAACAUGGCAACAAAGAAAAAAAAAAUGAAAUGACUCCUGUUCAAAAGUCUGCAUACCCUUAGUUCUUAAUAUUGUGUAUUGUCCCCUUCAGCAUCAUUGACCACGUGCAGUCUUUUGUAAUGGUUGUCAAUGAGGCCCCUAAUUCUUGCGGGUGGUAUAGCUGCCCAAAAUGCAUCCAGAUCAUGCCAGUCUUUGGUCAUCUUGCAUGAACCACAUGUUUGAGAUCUCCCUAGAGUGGCUUGAUGAUGUAUAGGUCAAGAGACUGUGAUGACCACUCCAGAACCUUCACCUUUUUAUGCUGUAACCACUGGAGUCAACUUGGCCUUGUGCUAAGGGUCAUUGUCAUGCUGGAAUGUCCAAGAGCGUCCCAUGCGCAGUCUUAGUGCAAGGGAAUGCUUAUUUUUUGGGGUGGGGGGUGUGUGGGAGUAUUUUCUGAUAACUUGCAACAUUCAUCUUGCCAUCAAUUUUCAUAAAAUUCCCCCAUGCCUUUAGAGUUCACUCACCCUAAAAAGUGAGACCUCACCAUGCUUCAGUGCUAUUGCUUGUUCACUAUAGGCCUUGUUGAUCCCUCUCCAACUACAGUACUAAUGGUUGUGACCAUAAAACUCUGUGUGCCAGUAGCAGUGAGGCGUGUCAAGGUGUUGUCGGGUAUAUUGUAACCAGGCUCUUUUUGUGGCAUUGGUGCAGUAAAGGCUUCUUUCUGGCAACACAACCAUGCAGCUCAUUUUUGUUCAAUUGUUGUAUUGUGCAUUUUCCAGGGCAGCCUGUAUUUCCCCUAAGGUUACCUGUGUGUUUUUCUUUGUAUCCCAAAGAAUUCUUCUGGCAGUUGUGGCUAGAAUUUUUCUUGGUCUACCUGACCUUUGCUUGGUAUCAAGAGAUCCCUGAAUAUUCUAUCCACUUCCUAAUAAGUGAUUGAACAAUACUGUCUAGCAUUUUCAUUGCUUUGGAUAUCUCUUUCCAUCUUUAUAAAGUUCCAUUACUUUCUUUUCUGCUCCCCAUGACUCUGUAUCUAGCCUGCUCAGUGCAUCCAUGUGAGAGCUAACAAACUAAUUGACUAUUUAUACACAGGCACUAAUUGCAAUUUAAAAAGCCACAGUGUGGGACAUUUACCUUUUAAUUUACAUUUUAAUCAGUGUGUGUCUGUAACAAGUCCAAACAUUCACGAGUGUGUAAACUUUUGAUCAGGGCCAUUUGGUGGAUUUCUGUUAUGAUUUAAAAAGAAGCCAAAAAACUGAUAUGAUCACUCUCCUUCAUAUGAUCACUAAGACACUGAUCAAUAAGACAUUUAUUGUUUGUUUGCAUGAUCAGUCAUAUGUUCAAAAUCAAUGCCACAGUUUCACAAUUUCUGCCAGGAUAUGCAAACUUUUGAGCAAAAUUGUAUAUCAUGUUAUCAGCAUGUAUGGUUGCAGUUUUGGGGGUCCUCUUGUAACCAAGACAUCUGGCUUCAACUGGACAUUCAGGAGUUAAUUGGAGAGAGGGUACAUUUAAUCUAUCUGGGAAUUUUGACUUGAGUGCUUUAAUAGAUCAAAACCCAUUUUACUAUAUUUUAAUUUUCUGGCAUUUAGGUAAUCAGCCAUGUUCCUGUAGACAGCUUGUAUCGAUCAGAGCGUCCACCCAAUAAGGAGAUCCUUCGUUAUUUUAUACGUCAUAAUUCGCUGCGAAUUGGCACGGGAGAAAACGCACCUUGGGUGGUGGAGGAUGAACUUGUGAAAAAGUAUGCACUGCCAAGCAAGUUUAGCGACUUUUUACUAGAUCCACAGAAAGUAAGUUGUGACUUUUUACAAAUCUUAUGUUAAAGUAUUUUAGUUCUCAAUUUGUGGUUUUGCUGUGGUGUUUUUGCGUUUUUUUUGUUUUUUUUCACAUGAUUUUUAUCAAUAUUCCUCAGUGGUAAAGGAAAAUAUCAUCUUAGUUGCUGAGCAUGCUUUUAAAAAAAACAAACCAGGUAUCCCCACCUUUCAAACCAUAUAAAGAGGGUGUAAGUAUGGAAAGAUGGCACAUGCUGUUGGCACUGCUUCAGCUUUAAAAUGUGUCUGUUUUUUAUUAUCUGAUACUGAUAUUUCGUCUGUUUAAUGUGAAUGUUUUUAAGAGCAGGGUGCUUUCUAUAGAGCAUGCUUACAAAAAAAUUUGAGAUGGGUGGGAUUUUUUUUACUUUAAAUCUGGAAUAAGGAAGAUACAAUUAAACAGACUGUAUAAAUGGACAACACUCUAACCUUCAGAUUUGUUUUGACCUAUUUUAUUUUUUUAUUUCCUCAAGUAUAUGACUUUGAAUCCCUCUCCUGGAACAAAGAGAAAAAGCUUAUGUUCUCCAGAUCGAAAACAGGCCAAGAAAGCCAGAACAGAUGGAGGUAAAAAGUCUCCACUCAGCCCCACAAUGUGGUGUCAGGUUAACCUAAAGAAGACAGUACUACAUGGGUCUCCGCUGAAAUUGAAGAAUCUGGGUGAUCAUGCCUCACAGGAGGAAAUAGAACAACUGAUGAAGAUGAUGAGUUCAAAAGCCAAUUUCAAUGGCAACAAGAAAGGUGGGAGUCUCACUGGAAAGAAACAAGAUAAGAAAAAAUCCAAAGGAGGGAAGUCACAGCUUCUGAAUGGUCAGAAAAUAUCUGGUAAGGCUCGCUCUCCUAAAAAGAACUUGAAGAACCCAAAAAUGAAGCAGAUGACUUUACUGGAGAUGACCAAAGGCUCCUCUAAAGUGUCACGGCCAUCAAAAGGUAGCUCUAGCACUCCGAAAUCCAACAAUAAACCCCAUAGGCAGCUACCUCCAGUUGCUCUCCACUUAAUCUCUUAUUACCGCGACAAUAAAGAUCGUGAAGAUCGCAAGAGUGCACUGUCUGCUUUCAUCUCUAAAGCAGCAAGAAUGCUUUCUGCAGAGGACCGGAAUAGACUACCCGAAGAACUGCAGGAGUUGGUGCAGAAAAGGUAUGAACUUCUGGAAGAGCGGAAACGCUGGUCAAUGAUGACUGAAGAGGAGAAAGAAGAGCACAUGAGGCAGAAAAGGGCAGCAUUGAGAGCACGGAUCAAUGAGAAAGCUAAGGAGCGCAAAGCGAAAGAGAGAGAGGAGCGUCUGGAAAAACUGAAGAGGUAUGAAGAUCAGGAACUGACUGGAAAGAACUUGCCAACCUUCAAACUGGUAGAUACCCCUGAAGGUCUUCCCAACACACUCUUUGGGGAUGUAGCAAUGGUGGUAGAGUUUUUAAGCUGUUACUCAGAUCUUCUACUGCCAGAUGGACAAUAUCCAGUGACCUCUGUUUCUCUAAUGGAGGCUCUUGCAGCAGAAAAGGGAGGCUUUAUGUACCUUAACAGAGUGCUCGUAGUGCUUCUUCAGACUCUUUUGCAGGAUGAGAUCGCUGAAGACUAUGGGGAAUUGAACAUGAGGUUAUCAGAAAUUCCGCUUACUCUGCAUUCUGCUUCAGAACUUGUACGCCUCUGCCUUCGUAAGUCAGAUUCCCCUGCUGGAGAAAGUGAAGGGUCAAACAAGGAGGAAGAGGACAGCGAGGGCUCUGCAGUCUUUCAGGAUGAUGAAGUGGAAGACGAGUUUCUGGAAAAGUUGGAGACCUUUGAGUUUUUCGACCUUACCACAGAAGAAAAGCUUCAUAUUCUUGCUGCUCUGUGUCACCGUAUACUAAUGACAUACUCUGUGCAGGACCAUGUAGAUGCAAAACAGCAGUGCUCUGCUGAGCUGUGGAAAGAGAGGCUUGCUAUUUUGAAAGAGGAAAAUGAUAAAAAGCGAGCAGAAAAACUAAAACGAAAGGAACUUGGGGCUAAGGGUAAGGAAGAAAGUGUACCCCCCAAGAUUGCAAAAAAGCCUGAAAAAGUUGUAAAGGCAGACCCAGUGGAUCAGGAAGCAGAGGAUAUGAUCAGUGCUGUGAAGAGCAGAAGACUACAGGCCAUGCAGGCAAAGAAAGAGAAGGAGGAAUCAGAAAAGCUGGCAAAAGGUGAAGUUGUAUGUUUACUUUACAGUGGUUUACCAGUGUCUUUAGUCUUGCAUUGAAUUAAAUUUCCCAGCAAAGCUGGUGGUGCAUAUUGCAUUUUUAUUGCUUUCUUUAUAUUGCAUAACAUAAUUAAAAAAUUUUUUAUUGUAUAAAAUUAUACGGUCCCAAUAUAUACUUGUGAAAAAACCUUUUAGCAAUGUGCAGCAACCCAGUGGAACUUUGUGACUACAAAAGUAUAACAAAAUACAUACAGGUGCAUAGUAAAUUUUUUCCAACAGUAAAUGCAUGUUUAAAAAAUAAAUAUGAAGUGUAAUCCACUUAAAAGAAACGUGUUAUUUGCUAAACAGGCUUAGUAAUUCUUAAAGGACCACUAUAGUGCCAGGAAAACAAACUUGUUUUCCUGGCUCUAUAGUGUUAAUAGGUUCUCUCCCUCACUCAGGGUCCCACUCCAUCUGGGCUGAAGUGGUUAAAAACCCCUUCAGCCACUUGCCUUUCUCCAGCGCCGGGCUACCUUGGCCCUGGGGAACUCUCCUCCCUCUGUUGGUGCCGCAUGCGCAGCAAGAGCCGCGUGCACAUUCAAACCGCCCAUAGAAAAGCAUUUCUCAAUGCUUUCCUAAGGACGUCCAGUGUCUUCUCACUGUGAUUUUCAGUAAGAAGCGGCUGUCAGAGACAGCCACUAGAGGCUGGAUUAACCCUCAGGCCAACAUAGCAGUUUCUCUGAAACUGCUAUGUUUACAGCUGCAGGGUAAGCACUAGAGGGACCUGGCACCCAGACCAUUUCCAUUAAGCAGCAAAUGAGUUGUUUCAACCUAAAACAAAACAGAUUAUAAAGAGGGGACAAAAUAGUGCAGAUCAGUAAAAUAAACCAAUUUAGAUUAAGGUGUGUGUGUGUGUAUAUGAAUACAAAUUACAAGAAAGGAGUAGAUAAGUGCCACUCCACCCUGUCUGGCAUAGGGGGGACCAAUUCCUAGGAGCACGCUUCCUUGAUUGCAGAUGAAACCCAGCCAGUCACCUGAAUAUUUCUAAUUGAACUUUAUUCCAAAGAUAAUUAAAAUUAAGAGCACAUCUGCAGCGGUCUCAACUCUGUAUUCAUUUGCCUCCUCAGUCUGGAUCUGGCAUUUUUCGGGAAUGCUACAGGUAUCGCCUAAGGCUUUCAGGGCUUUUUCAAGUGUGUACUGAGAACAGCUGCGGAAGUGCUUGGACUUUCAUACAUAUUUUGUUCACCCAAUUUCGUUUGUUCCUUUUAACUUUAAUUAUUUUUGGAAUAAAGUUCAAUCAGAAGUAACAAAAAAGGGAGUCAUCGAAGCUAUGCUUCUAAUAAAGAUAUACAGCAGCCACCAAUGUAGGCAAUCGGACAGCUAGAACUCUUUAUUUUUGAGCAAGUAGUGCUUGGACUAUAGGCUAGAACUUGGAGGUUCCUGAUUGGUGUCUCUCAAAUUUGUGUGGGGGAGGUCUGCCUACAACUGGGAUUGGAAGAACAGUCGCAGAAGAUUCUUCACAAGCAAACCUUUUCACAUAUUUCAAUAUAGGCUUCUGCGUCCCUUUCUGAAUAUUAAGCCGAUGAUAUUUACUCUGAUGCAGGUGCACUAACACUCUACAUACACAAAGAUUUUAAUGUCUCCAAUCUUUCCCAUGCAGAGCGAAUGGAAAGAGAGGCUGAGGAGGAGAGGCUACGAAAACAGAGAGCAUCACAGGAGAAGGCAUUUCACGAGGGAAUUGCUAAGGCCAAACUUGUGUUAAGAAGAUCUCCGAUUGGUACUGACCGGAGCCACAAUAGGUAAAUAAAAGAUGUAGAUUUAAAAAUAAAGGCUUAUUUCACAUGUCAUUUUCUGGAGUGUAGUUCACUUUUAAGAUGUAAAAACAGAAUGCCCUACUGUGUGCAGUUAUACAUUCUUUAAAUGAACUCUACUCUCAACUUAUUUUCAAUGACACAGUCAUGAGGGCUUGAGUUUCUGGGUGCCAUCUUACUUUAAAGGUAGACUCCAAGCACAGUAACUGCUGUAAUGGUUAUGGUGAUUAUUGUUCCCUUAAGUUUUAAAACUUUUUUUUUAAAUGGUUGACCAGUUUAAGCGAAGACUAUUCCCAGGGACUUCAGCCCACAUAACUUAAUGGGAAAGGGGCAUAGAUUGCAUCAUCCUUAUAAAGGAGCUAAAUUCAUGUUUCAUACAUUCCCAGGAAGCUUAGCGUUUUAAAAACAUCUGGAUUUUGGUUUCAACAAGCUUUUCUGUCCUAAUGUUUAAUUUGCUUUCUUUACAGGUAUUGGCUUUUUUCUGAUGGUGUUCCUGGGCUUUAUAUUGAGAAGGGAUGGGUUCAUGACAGCAUCAAUUACAGUUUCAGUCUUCCUGAACUGGAGGAUGAGGAGGAUUAUGAAGAGGAGGAGGAGGACCAGGAUGCUGAAGGCAAGUUCACUUAAGAAAAGUUGUCAUGCAAAUGACACUAGGUUGUUGGUUUGAAGCGUAGGUAUUAUAUGUAUACUAUCUUUGUCUAAAUCUCUGACAAAUUCAUCUUAUGUGUUUCAUCUGCACUAGCCAUGCAUAAGAAAGUAUGCUCAUUUUUGGUGUACUGUUACACUUUUGUAGUGUGAGAAAUAAAGAAUAAAAAAUAAAAAAAUAGGAAAGUGCUCAUGACACGCAUGCAAAAGUCAUGGAAAAAUGGCAAACUGAUUCUCUGCAUGCAAAAAAGAGAGCAAGCAUUGAUUGUGUGUAUGUACAUAUUCUUUGGAGCUUCCUAUUGAAGUAAUGCUGUGGCAUUGUACAAGCAGGUGAAGAGUUCAACUUUUGCUAGAGCAAACCAUGUGCUAGAGCAGUGGUUCCCAACCAAGUCCUCAUACUCGAACAGUCCAGGAUUUAGUGAUUUCCCAGUUGUCUGUGUUUUUAUAAAAAGGGGAGGUGGUGGGACUUUAGACUGAACAGGGUAAUUCCUAAAUCCUGGACUGGUAGGGGGUACUUGAGAACUGGGUUGGGGAACCACUGUGCUAGAAGGAUUCAUACUGGCCUCUAGAGCAGACCUCCUGCUGCAUAAAUUCCUGAGUUGGUGUUCGAACAGCUCACUCUGACCCUUCCCUUGUGGCGAGUGGCAUCUCUGCAACCCUCCUUCUCUAGGGGAAAUGGCAACUAUGAAUGAGUAUUCAUGGCUGGCACUUGUCCUAGGUUCUUGCAAUGUCAGGAACGUUGCAAGACUUUUAAAUUGCACAAUUUGGUUUCUCACAAUACCUAGGGAUAGGACACGGUAGGUAUGGAAAAUGCGGGAAGCAGGUAAAUAUGUGGCGUGCAUCAAAAUUAAAACUGUACUUUGAAUGAAACAGUUGUCUUGAAAUUAUGCGUGUUUUCAAUCUAGAGCAGCUCUUGACCUGUAGUUGUGGUGAUUGGUACUUCUACUGUCUCAUGUAACAAUUAAGAAAUACAUUGCUAUUAACUGACGUUUGUUAAAAUUUUUGACUUAAAUGUUCCAUAAGCUUGUACAAACAAAGGUUGAGUUCUAAUUUUUUUCACUCUUUGGUUUUGUGCAGGUAAUGCAGAGAGUGAGGAUGCAGAAAGCAGUGUUGGUGGCCCUGAGGAUUCUGUCCAGAAAGAGAUACAGGUGGAGACCACUGUUCCCAAACAGGGGCAGAACCUAUGGUGCGUACUCCAUCUGACUUGAAUGUUGCAAUGUGCAUUAAAUGUCCUUUAAAAUGGUCACUCAAAGCACCGUGGUCAUAGUGCCUGGCGUUUGUAUGUGCAGCAUUUCCCUAUGAAAAACUGCAUUAUGUGGCAAACUUCUGAUCUGCAUAUACUGAGAUGUAUCCCUUUGCUGCUGGAUGUGUAACUCCACCUCCAGCAGUAUAAUUAGUCAGCCCUAUAUGGGUUAAGUAAUUUAUUUCUGUGCAUAAUGGAUGUCGUACGCAUUCUGGCAAUGGGCAACAAGUGGUGGCAAGCAGUGACACACAAUGUAUUUCUGACAUGUAAAGUUAUUAAAGGACCACUAUAGUGGCAGGAAAACACUCGUUUUCCUGGCACUAUAGUGCCCUGAGGGUGCCCCCACCCUCAGGGCCCCCCGGGCUCUAGGGGGUGGAAGGGGUUAAAUUUACCUCUUCAGCGCCGGGUGGGGAACUCUCCUCCUCCUCCUCCUCCUCCAUAUGGCAGUCAUCGGCUGAAUAAGCAUGUGCGGCAGGAGCUGCGCGCGCAUUCAGCCAGUCUGUAGGAAAGCAUUCUCAAUGCUUUCCUAUGGACACUGGCGUCUUCUCACUGUGAAAAUCACAGUACGAAGCGCCUCUAGCGGCUGUCGAUGAGACAGCCACUAGAGGCUGGAUUAACCCUAUUAUAAACAUAGCAGUUUCUCUGAAACUAUGUUUAUAGAAGAAAGGGUUAAUCCUAGCUGGACCUGGCACCCAGACCACUUCAUUAAGCUAAAGUGGUCUGGGUGCCUAUAGUGGUCCUUUAACUAAUGUUAUUGUAAGGAUGCAAGAGCACACAUCAUUUAAGAACAUUAGAAGUUGAGAUGUUCUUGGAUGUCCCCCCUAAGUGCAGUACACCUAGAUGGCCGCAAAACAAACAGAUGCAACUUUCUCUUUUUUCUGUAAAAGGAAUAUUUUUCUCUUUAGUCAGUAACAGAUGCUGGGGGGGGGGGGGCAACUUGUAGAUAACUCACUGUGUCCUGUAAAUGUGAAUCGUGUCCUACUUAAACUGCUUGCUUUACCUGUAUUUGGGGUGUGUGUGUGUGUGUUGUCCAUUUCUGUAGAAAAGGAAAUGCAAUGCUAAUCUGAUUUUGAAAACACUUUUUGAUGUCUUUCUAAAUACUCUUGGAUAUAGUGUGGUGGCUCAAAUAAUCAUAAUGUUUGUCAUGAACUUUCUUCUUGUUUGUUCAGGUUCGUUUGUGAUACACAGAAGGAAAUGGAUGAACUGCUGGAAAGCCUACACCCCCAGGGUGUUCGAGAAAGCCAACUGAAGGAUCGUCUGCAAAAGAGGUUAGAAACCUUUUUGUCACAAAUUGUUACUCUUGGAACCUGCAAGUUGUUUCCUUACCUCAUCACAUAGUCCUGCAUGCUCCCACAUUCCAUCUGUAGUACUUAAUUUAACCUUGAACCUUGUUUUCAGAUAUCAGGACAUUAUGCAUUCCAUACACCUUGCCCGCAAGCAGAACCUUGGUUUGAAAACCUGUGAUGGCCACUAUGAGCUUCUUAAGUUUCUGCGAAACGAUGUGAUUGAGGUGGCAACAAGGUUACAGAAGGGAGGCCUAGGCUAUCUGGAUGACACAACAGAGUUUGAAGAAAAGGUAAUAAAUUGUGCUUUCUCUUCCACAUGGCUUAUCGAACUUUUCAAUAUAUUUGUGAUUUGUGCUGGUAGUUUCCAGACACUCUAGUGUGAGAAAUGGAUGGAUUUUAUUCGCAAUGCUUCCAAAGUCGUCGUCCCAGUUGGCUAAUGUGCAAUUUUUGCAUCUAAUGCUAGAUCGCCAAUAGUGGCAUGGCAAAACACGUGGAUAAAAUAGUAUUUUAGGGGGUGGAGCUUACUAGCGGGACAAGACGGACGCCAUAUUUGUCUGCUCCCGACAAUCACACAAACUAAAGCCAAAUACUGCAAAAAGCAAUGACUUACCACUGCCGACUAAAUCACCAUCCCGACCAAGGUGAAUUUAUGCAUUUCCGGUACCCCACCGGACGACCCACGCCGAAAUGAAAGGCUGUGGCCUACCUCCAGCCGCCACGCUUCUCCCUGGAGUCUCUCCUGGGCGGCUCCCUGGCACACAGUGGACUUGGGAACACCCGAUACUCACCCCUCCAUCUUCGCAGCGCACAGGGGCCAUGGGUUGAUUGUCCCAGAAGCCCAAAGGCAGGGACAUAGGAGUCAUGCUCCAAAAACCCUUGCAAGCUAAAACAACCCUGGCAGGGGACCACCCGGAAGCUGCCACAUCACGGCAAGCACUGGAGGCUCAUGAACCAGGGCCCACUCAGAAACCCGAGACUGCCCUAUAGCCUCCCCAGGAGCACACAGGUAGGUCAGCCCCAGCAACAAAGGAUGAUGUCAGGGCGUUGCUGACAGACCUGCACAAAAUUAUGGCUCCAGACUGUGCCCUCAUGCAGCAGGAGAUCCAGACAGUCGCCACAGAGGGCACUGAACAAGAGGUACAAGCAAUGGUUACCAUGCUCAACGAAUUGGUCCUCCAGCUUCAAAGUAACAGCACUCGCUGCUCAUACAACUAACCGCUGGAGGAUCGUAAGCGCCACAACCAUGUGAAAAUCCGGGGAUGAAUUGCCUCAUUAUACCCGGAGGCUAUUGGCCACUAUAUUACCGCCAGGAAUGGCCAAGAAGAUGACCGUGGAUGGGGCCUACAGAGUUGCUGAAAACCCCAAAAAUACCAACUCCACGCCGCAAGAUGUUACCUUGAAAUGCAGACCAAACCCGCAUCAUGUCUGCCCUGCGGUCCAAAACUCCUGUACAAUUCGAGAACUCACGUUUUAUCAAGAUCUCUCCAAAGCUACCCUGCAAUGGCACCUUUUACAACUAAACUACGUACGGCGGGAAUACCCUACCGAUGGGGACCCUUAAGCUUCCUACAAGUGACCUGGAAUGGGACAGUUCAUAUACUCCGAUCCAAAGAAGAAAUCCCUGCAAUGUUGACCACCAUGGGCCUAACACCACCUGCACCAGCCAGCGCAGUAAUCUGGGAACCGGUUCUGAGCACAAACAGCAUACCUUUUUAAAAUUACAUACAAGCAGGUCAGUUGGAUAAAACCCAAACAGCAUACCUUUAAAAUUUACAUACUAACAGGUCCUUGGGAGGAAACCCAGCUUACACACCCAUACAGCUAUAACAGUAAAUCUGAUCGGCGGAACGCAACCAACUCGCCCCCUUGGUUAGGGGCAUUUCCUAUCUGUGCAUACGCCGUGUAACCUGCUUACUAUCUAGGUCUCGAUGCAUCCCUUAACACUCACAUGCUCUGCCUUAUGCCCACAACACCCACAAGUGCCACGUGACCGAAAUUAAGCCACCUGACCCACUCGGGCCAUACAGGCCUCUCUACCUCCUGUCCUACUUAUAACUGAAACCCACGCUUCAUGCUCAGUAUACCAACUUCACUUACUAACACGAACACAUUACUGACAUAUUAUUUUGUUGUCCGUUAUGUCUAUUAUUGAAAAUAGUGCUACGUCCUCAUAUGCCAAGUAUAUGUAACCAUCUGUUUUAAAAUAACUUCCUUGCUUAUGCUCUCUUGGCCACAACAGCACCAUUGUUACUACGUGCACUGCAAAAAGAAUUUAAAAAAAAAAAGACCAUUUGUCUCAGUAUAUUUUAAAUGGAUUUCUUGCCUACACUUUCAAAGUUAAAAAAAAACACUUUAAACCACUUACUCCUGAAUUUUUUUGUUCCAUUAUAGCCUGUGCUUUCCGGUAAAUGUUAACACCUGGUAACCCUCUUUAUAGAAGUCAUGCUCACCAUGUGUCUUCUCUUAAUAGGUCCGUUCCCUGGAGAGUCUGAAGGAUUUUGGGGAGUGCAUUAUAUCUCUUCAAGCAGCUGUUAUCAAGAAGUUCCUCCAAGGGUUCAUGGCACCAAAACAGAAGAAACGCAAGGCACAGUCAGAAGAAUCCGCAGCAAAAACUGAGGAACAGGAUGAGGAAAAGAGAAUGGCUGAAGAAGCAAAGGUUAUUGUCGUUUGCUUGCUAAUAUUGCUUGUGAAUGUCCCUUUUUAUUAUGCCUUUCUCAGAGAUGGUUUGCUCUUGCUAAUAUAGCUUACACUUGUAUUUCUGUACGACCUUUUGGAUAACUGCUUUUACUAUUACCCUCUUCUAGGGUUUUCAAGAAAAAUUCUGACCAAGUUGCUUAAAGGAACACUGUAGGGUUUGGAACACAUGUAUUCCUGACCCUAUAGUGUUAAAAACACCAUUUAGAUGGCUUGCCCCAUUUAACCACCUUAAAAGGAAUUAAAAUUUACCUUACUAGUGCUGCGCAGGCCUCGCUCCAAUCCGCCUCCUUGCUGGCAUCAGAACUUAUGACUUAUUUAAAAAAAUUAUAUUUUAGACAAUCCAAUGCUUUACCAUAGUAAAAGCAUUAAAUUGGUUGAAACUGGAAAGGAGGCGGGGGCAAAACACCAGCUUGGUCAAUCUUCACCUCCAUGAGAAAAAUUCAGAUUCCAGGCAGAGUGUGGAAACACUGUGCAGCACUUCCCCAGUGGCCACUGGAGGUAUCCCUAGGGGACAAUGUAAUCAUUGCCUUUUCUCUGAAAAGGCAGUGUUUGCAUGAAAAGUCAACAAGCUGUUUUGGUGACUAUAUUCUCCUUACAAAACUGUCUCUAGCCAUGUGAAUAUGGAGACCACUCACUUCCCCUCUUUGUUAAAUGCUCAUAUAUCCCUGAUCUGGAAUGAAGAAAACACAAACUACAUGGCAAUAAUCUACAGUGAGACAGACUUCUCAGGUGCUGCAGGAGGCUUAUGCUGUAGGUGUAUUUUCCUUCCCUUAAUGUUGUCUUUCAGUGAAUUUAUAGGUAGUUGUAGGAUCUAUAGAUCAUAUUGUGCUGUAACCUAUAUACUGAUACUGUUUUUACUGUUCCUUAUUAGAUGCAAUUUACUAAAGCAUAUUUCUUUACUGGAGUUUGAGACUCAAAGUCCUGUUGUGGGUUCACACUAAAACUGUGCUAGCAAUAUUUAUGGUUAUAUUUUGGGGGGGCCUGGGAAGAUAAAUAUUGACUUGAGCUAAAGGUUUAUAAUGCUAAAUGAAAGAUGCAUUUUUUUUCUUCUUUCUAGUAUGCAGGAUAUAUCCUUCGAAUCUAUAGUGAGUUUUCAGACAUGUUUAAACUACUUGAAAACUUAGCCACUGUUCAGAGAGCAGUAAUGCCACUCAUCGUCCUUUUGCCUUGUCAGCUGUGAAAACUGCAGGAUAAGCGCAUAUUCAUGUUGGGUUAUUAACACCCUGGCUUAGCUAUUAGUUGGUUUGGAAGCAUGACAGUGAGCAUGGCUUAGCCUCUAGAUACAUAUUUGGAAUAUACUGUUCAGUGCCCAGUUAAAACAAAUGUGGAUGGUCUCUAGCAUUUUUUUGUGUGUUCUAUGUCACAAAAAGGGUACACAAUACUUCAUGCCUCCCUUUAUAGCCCUGCAUGGAUCAGGCUCUGAGUGCUGUCGUUUUGUUUGCAUUGUUUACGUUCCAAACAUUUUUCCACACAGAACAUCAGGUUCCUUAGGAAGGUGGAAAUAGCUUUGUUUAUGUUUGUAUCAAAGUUCCCCUUUUAUGGCCAUGUGAAGACCCACUAUUACAGAGGGCAUAAAUAUAGAUUAAUUUUGUGCAGUGUCCACAUGGUGGCAGCAUAUGCUUCAAUAUAUAUAUAAUUUUUUUUUUAUGGUAGACUUCAGAAUGUACUGUAUGUUCUUAAAUUAUCUGAUUUUAUAAAUGUCUGAUUUCCACCACAGAAAUCUCAAAUACAUAUUGCUCAUUCUGCCCUCUCGGUUUAAGUUUAUCCCUACACUUCAACUCUGCCCAGUCACAAAUAAGAGUACCUGUGAUGGGGAGAAUAGCCUUUUAUAUAUGUUGUACUUUAUUAUUGGUAUUUAUUAGUGAUGCCGCGAACGGUUCGCUGCGAACUCUGGUCAGCUGACACAUCCCUGCCAAUCUCCGGCAGACCCUCCUACUUCCUGGACAGCAUCCAUGUUGAAGGCAGCUUCAACAUGGAUGCUGUCCAGGAGGUGAGAGGGUCUGGGAGGGAGGGUCUGCCGGAGAUUGGCAGGGAUGUCAGCUGACCAGAGUUCGCGGCGAACCACAGCAAGUUCGCGACAUCACUACUAUUUAUAUAGUGCCUACUAAUUCCGCAGCGCUUAACAAUAUUAUGAAAGGGGGAAAUUUACAAUAAAUGAGACAAUUACACAAUGACACAGGAACAAUAGGUAGAUGAGGGCCCUGCUCAAAAGAGCUUACAGUCUAGAGGAGGUGGCGUACAAAUACACCACAGGGCAGCAAGGGUGACAGCCACCAAACAAGGUGGAAAAGUAGCAGAACUGGAGGAGAGUGGAGUAUGGCGAGAGACAGAUAUAGAUAAGUUACUCUGGGAGUACACAAGCAUUUCUGAACAGAUGUGUUUUGAGGGACUUCUUAAACAAUUGGAGACUAGGGGAGAGUCUGGAGGUAAGCAGGCUGUUCCCAAAAAAGGAGCCGCCCAUGAGAAGUCCUGCAAGCCCGUGUUAGCAGUAAGGGUGCAAGCAGUGGAAAGUAGGUCACUGGCAGAGAGACAGAAGGGGCAUAUCUAUGAAUCAGGGAAGAAAUGGAAGAGGGGCUAGUGGGUUGGUGCUUUAUAGAUAAGAGUUGGCAUUUUUGGAUUGACACCUAUAGGAUACAGGAAGCCAGUGUAGGGAUAGACAGAGGGACAACGGGUGAGACGGGCGGCAGCAUUCAUUACCGGUUGUAGCGGGGAAGUUUGGAUUUUGGGGAGACCAACUAGGAGUUUUACAGUAGUCCAUGCAAGAGAUUACCAGAGCAUGAACAAGCUCCAUGGCAGCAUCUUGCAUGAGAAAGGAUACCCUCCUGCAAAAAGUUUUUUGCUUUUUUUUUUUUUAUUGUGGUAGCAGUUCUUUGCAAGGGCUGGAUAUACAAUGGCAAGCUGUAGGCUUCAUUCUCCACAAAAGAUGUACCAGUCUAUUAACAUUAUGAUCUAGUUUCCCAACCCCACCAUUGGAUAAGGCUUGACAGUCUGCCUGCAAAAUGCUAGCGCAUUGGAGCAGACAACGGUUGGCUUGCUUUGCAUCUGUUGUUUUAGUAUUGUGUCAAUGUUCAUUUGUCACAUGACUGUAACAGACCUAAUGUGACAGGAUAAUCCUGUGCCUGUAUUUUGUGGUCUCUUCUCAUUUAACCCUUCUUUAGAUGGAAUUCCUUCCUGACCACAAGUUCCCGAACAUUGUACAAAAUAGUAUCUGAAACAUUCUAACAAUACAGUAUACUACAAAUUACUGAUCGCAAAGCAAGUUGGUUAAACGACCUGUAGGUUUGUUAAUCAGCAGUCUAGCUACUAUUCCCGUGUGGUCAUUGGUCAUAUAGUUGGUUUAGUGUUUGAACACCUAAAAGAAACUAUCUUAGUGAUAUACAGGGAGUGCAGAAUUAUUAGGCAAGUUGUAUUUUUGAGGAUUAAUUUUAUUAUUGAACAACAACCAUGUUCUCAAUGAACCCAAAAAACUUAAUAUCAAAGCUGAAUAUUUUUGGAAGUAGUUUUUAGUUUGUUUUUAGUUAUAGCUAUGUUAGGGGGAUAUCUGUGUGUGCAGGUGACUAUUACUGUGCAUAAUUAUUAGGCAACUUAACAAAAAACAAAUAUAUACCCAUUUCAAUUAUUUAUUAUUACCAGUGAAACCAAUAUAACAUCUCAACAUUCACAAAUAUACAUUUCUGACAUUCAAAAACAAAACAAAAACAAAUCAGUGACCAAUAUAGCCACCUUUCUUUGCAAGGACACUCAAAAGCCUGCCAUCCAUGGAUUCUGUCAGUGUUUUGAUCUGUUCACCAUCAACAUUGCGUGCAGCAGCAACCACAGCCUCCCAGACACUGUUCAGAGAGGUGUACUGUUUUCCCUCCUUGUAAAUCUCACAUUUGAUGAUGGACCACAGGUUCUCAAUGGGGUUCAGAUCAGGUGAACAAGGAGGCCAUGUCAUUAGAUUUUCUUCUUUUAUACCCUUUCUUGCCAGCCACGCUGUGGAGUACUUGGACGCGUGUGAUGGAGCAUUGUCCUGCAUGAAAAUCAUGUUUUUCUUGAAGGAUGCAGACUUCUUCCUGUACCACUGCUUGAAGAAGGUGUCUUCCAGGAACUGGCAGUAGGACUGGGAGUUGAGCUUGACUCCAUCCUCAACCCGAAAAGGCCCCACAAGCUCAUCUUUGAUGAUACCAGCCCAAACCAGUACUCCACCUCCACCUUGCUGGCGUCUGAGUCGGACUGGAGCUCUCUGCCCUUUACCAAUCCAGCCACGGGCCCAUCCAUCUGGCCCAUCAAGACUCACUCUCAUUUCAUCAGUCCAUAAAACCUUAGAAAAAUCAGUCUUGAGAUAUUUCUUGGCCCAGUCUUGACGUUUCAGCUUGUGUGUCUUGUUCAGUGGUGGUCGUCUUUCAGCCUUUCUUACCUUGGCCAUGUCUCUGAGUAUUGCACACCUUGUGCUUUUGGGCACUCCAGUGAUGUUGCAGCUCUGAAAUAUGGCCAAACUGGUGGCAAGUGGCAUCGUGGCAGCUGCACGCUUGACUUUUCUCAGUUCAUGGGCAGUUAUUUUGCGCCUUGGUUUUUCCACACGCUUCUUGCGACCCUGUUGACUAUUUUGAAUGAAACGCUUGAUUGUUCGAUGAUCACGCUUCAGAAGCUUUGCAAUUUUAAGAGUGCUGCAUCCCUCUGCAAGAUAUCUCACUAUUUUUGACUUUUCUGAGCCUGUCAAGUCCUUCUUUUGACCCAUUUUGCCAAAGGAAAGGAAGUUGCCUAAUAAUUAUGCACACCUGAUAUAGGGUGUUGAUGUCAUUAGACCACACCCCAUCUCAUUACAGAGAUGCACAUCACCUAAUAUGCUUAAUUGGUAGUAGGCUUUCGAGCCUAUACAGCUUGGAGUAAGACAACAUGCAUAAAGAGGAUGAUGUGGUCAAAAUACUCAUUUGCCUAAUAAUUCUGCACUCCCUGUAGAAUAGCUUGAAAUAAAAAAAAAAAUAAAAAAAAUUCUUUCAUAUUUUACAGGUUGCCUCAGCUGUGGAAAAGUGGGCGUCUGCUAUCCGUGAGGCUCAAACCUUUUCCCGCAUGCAUGUGUUGCUUGGGAUGCUAGAUGCCUGCAUUAAAUGGGACAUGUCUUCUGAAAAUGCUCGUUGUAAAGUCUGUCGCAAAAAAGGUAAAUCGUAAGCCAGACUUAUAAAAUGUGCUUGAGUAUGUACACUAAGUUUAGCAGAUCACCUUGAUUUUUAUGAACAACCCUAACUAGUUCAUGUUUAUGUAAAUUGCUGCCCUAUUGUAUACAGUAUUAAUGUGCUGCAGUAAUGCAACAACUGAACAAUUUAUGUAUUUUUGGUUCUAGUCUUAAUAUCUUCCACCGUGCAUUCUACAUAUUGCUGGGCAACACUUUUCAUACAGUCUUGUGUUAUCUUGUAGAUCUGAGAGUUCUAACUGGAAAUUGUAAAAUAAAUUGUGUCUGGAUAGUAACAUUGCUCUGCGGAGUCUGACUUAAACUUUCAAUCUUGUUUGCAGGUGAAGAUGACAAGCUAAUACUCUGCGAUGAGUGUAACAAGGCAUUCCAUCUCUUCUGUCUGCGCCCAGUAUUGCUUAAUAUACCAGAAGGAGAGUGGCUGUGUCCAGCAUGCCAGCCAGCCACUUUUAGGCGCAGUGCCCGUGGCAGGUAAGGACCCAGCAUUGGCAGCUCUUCAUAGUCUUGGCGUGUAUAAGAAUUCAUACCAGGUAUUAGAAAUUUGGUUGUGAAUGCAGUCUUUAUAAAUAAUGGUUCUUCUGUCAUUUCAAACCAGGAAUUAUGCUGAAGAUUCAACAAAUGAUGAGGACGACGAAGAGGGGGAAGAAGAAUCUGAGGAGGAAGAGGAGGACUCGGAGGAUGACGAUGAUGACAAUGAAGCAAUGGGAUUGAGAUGUAAGUAAAACUGUGGAUACCUAUUUAAGGUGUUUAUUUUAUUAAAAUUUUUAAGUGGUGGGAAAACGAGCUGCUGUUUGCCUGCUAGUAGUGAUUGGUUACUCCAUGAAAGCAGGGCUCAUUGUAUAAUGGUGAAUCCAUUAAAACAAAUUCUGCUUCCACAACAUGUCGAUUUAAAUUUUCCCUCUUAUCUUUCAGUAGUUCAUUGGUACACUUAAAAUAAAUUGCAACGGUCCAGUGAAAUAAACAUAGGUGUUAAAAUGGCCUGUGUUAGCCUCUUAAGAUCAGACCAUGUAUUUGUAAUUUGAGGCCUGGAAGCUUGUUUGUGCUUUUGAGUUGUGCAUUGCAGAAUGUCAGCAGUUUUACCAAAUGUCAAUAAGCUUGUCCAUACUAUGCACAGCAGACCACUUCUCUUCUCUACUUUUAUUAUAAAUCGUAUUAGUACAGCGAAAAGCUUCUGUGCUGGCAUUUUGGAUAGACUUUUUUUUUUUUUUUUUAUACUUUACUACAUAUAAUUUAGAAGGCAGUGCACAUUUUGUAAACUAAAGGGACUUUCCGGGCAGUAAAAUAACUUUAUUAGAAUGCAGUUAUGCCAGGAGGUCCCUGGCAUCUGCUUACCGUUAAGGGUUUAACCCCAAAGUGUUAAAUUCAGUUGGUUAGCUCUGAUGUAUUUUUCUACAGAUUUUGUUAAAGGCUUCAAUCAGAAAACCUUGGACAGGGAGGCCACUGAUUGGCUGAUACUCCUAGCUAAACAGUGGCUCCUUGUUCACCGCUUGAGAUAAAUACAUAUGUACAUCACUGUCCAAAUACAAUGAUAAAAAUCACGAUUUAGUAGAUCUAUCCUCAGUGCUAAACUACCAGAAAGUAAAUGAAUCUGUUGACUGACAGCCAGAGGGGUGGAAAGAGGUUUAUUUAGAAAACUGCCAAUUUCUACUGAAAAAUGCGUUUUUUGAUUUUUUUUAAAUGGGGCACACUCUUCACACUUCAGAAAGGUAAAGUUCUUUUAGAUGUCUGGAGUGUCCCUUUUACAUGUAAAAGAUUGCACCCAUUCCUUAUGCCAGUGCACAUCCCAGUGGUUUGUCUGCUUGAUGCUUCUGUGGGAUGGCUGUCACUUAAACAUUUGUAGGAGGCCAUUUAACCCAGGCAGAGAAUGUUUUACUAGUUCCUUUCUGUAUUUGCAUUAAGUACCUGCCAGAAUCUUGUUUUUCAUAACUAAACUUUAGGUCAAAUGGUAAAUUACAUUUUAUUUAAACAUGAGCUUUCUGUAUUGAUUUGAGCAGUGCAAUAAGAUAUGGCUGCUUUUCUUGUGAGCUGGCAGUGCACAGCAAUUUUUCCUAUAGCAGAUAUUUAAGCUGUUGCCUUAACCACAGAGCAUUUCCAGAUCACCUCAAUAAAUGCUGUUUUCUAAUAUGGUUAUUGGUAUUCUGUCUGCAUGUAACUGCUAUCUAUGAUGUGUCUUAACACUUCCAUAGCUUAGUGGGAUGAUCACAACACCAUCCUGGCACAGUAAAAAACAAAAAAAAGUGUUGGUGAUGAUGGCCAUGCUAUGCCUUUUCUGAAAAAAUCCUCAAACUUGCAUUACUGACUCUUUAUAUUUUUACUUAUUUUUUUAAAUUUUUUUUUUAAACCCUCAUUUGCACGCAAUAAGAACCCUCUCCCUGUACUAGAACUGUCCUCUGUAAAUAAGCCAGAAGGUUAAAACGAUAGACUGUCAGGACAUAUAAUGCAAUGCACCCAUUUAAGUUUCACCAAGUAAAGCUCAGUGAAGUAUUUUGCUUUAGAGUUAAAGGAAUGUUUUUGUUUUUGUUUUUACUUUUUUUAAGCAGUAGAGAUGGGGAGAGUGUACUUUAAAUUACUGACUGUUUUAGUGUAAUAGAGCUUUUUCUGCAUCACCUGUAGUCAAACUAUUAAAUGCCUCCUUGGUGAAUCAAGCAUUAAUAGAUCCCUGGUAUGUGCUAGAAAGAAAACAAAUUAUCUCUCUCUCGUUCGUUAUCGCUGUGUCUCUAAAUGAAAAAACGCAAAUAACAAGGUCCAUACUAGGGUCCAGUGCAAUCCUGAUAGAAAAAGGACAGGAAGAACUUUCCACUUUGAGCUUUAGAAGGCAGAUUUGACCCUGACUUGACCACAAAUGGCACAAUGUAUCCUGGUUAGAUUUCAAGUUGGCUGUUUUGGAAAGGGUUAAUUGUAGCCUUUGCCUUACUAUGGAACUUCAAAGAAUGGGACAUUGUUGGCUCUUGCACACAGGAGCUGCCCGCACAGCAUGCUGUCGGCAGUCGUUUCAUUUACAAGAGGCACGUUUGUGUGCGAGUGUGGGACAUAAAGAUUAAAGUCUAGGGAUCCAACAGGAUCAGAAUUUCUGUGCAAGCGACAGCCGCCUCUCUGGGGAAUGCAGUUAAAGAAGAGGCAACAGGCGUUAAAGCUCAAUGUUUAGCCCCUGUCGUAGUAACCGGACACAUGUUUGCCCCCAUCCCCAAGUCGGUUAAGUUCCCACUGAUUAACUUGGCAACUGUGAGAUCCCGCUGUGUGGCCUUCUUUUUGUUUGCUCUCAUCUCUCACCGGCAGCAGCUGUAUCGCAGUGUUUAAAGUUGGGAGGGGGUGGGGGGAAUUGAGGUGGGAACAAAUGUCCCUUUCUUCCUCCCCAGUUGUCUCUGGAGAUCAGACCUAACACUUUGCAUCUUUAUAACUUGUGUGUGCCCUUGAGGCGUUCCAUGAAGUAAGUGGAAGGGAUUGUAGCAUGACCCAGGGUGCCUAGUUUGUUGGUGUAAUGAAGUGCUGUGUAAAUUGAGGCUGACAUGCUAGUGAAGAAAAAUAGUAAUUUAAUACAAUGUCUUAAGCCAAUCCAUUGCACUUUUCUAUCUGUUUUAAAUCUAUAUUUGGUACACCAGGCAUUAAUUAUGUUUUAUAUCUCAAACUCCAUAUUUUUAAAACCUGCUGUAAAUCUAUUAUAUUGACUUCAUAAUGAUUUUUGGGGUUGUUUUGCUUUUUGUCCCCUCUCCUUUUUAGUGAGAUCACGUAAAACAAAAGGCAAAGCAAGCAAACUCCAUCGUCAGCGUGGGCGUCCUUCCAAGCGCAGUCAGCAACCUUCUCGCUCAUCUCGACAACGCACAACACCAGACAAUGAUGCAGAUGUGGAAGAAAUGGUAAGUCUGGGAUAUGUCAUUAUCCUAAGAGAUUGAACAUUCUGGUAAGAGAAAUGAUGGACAGUGUUUGCUGAAGCGUGGAUUGUCAGAAAUUGAAAGUGUAGGGAUUUAAAUGCCUGUAUUGGAUACAGGCUAGUAACUCAUCCUGAUGGUCUUUUGGUAUUUGAUAUCAAAGCUCUGUUAGCCAGUGAUCUGUUGACCCAUGUCUGUGCAGGAGGGCACAGUCAUUCUGAAAUGGAAUGAUUUUCUAUGCAGAAUCUCCUCUCAAAAACCCAGUUCUCUCACCAACCUUGCAUUCUUUACCUUGUCUCAUCUAAUUAACAUUCCUUUUGUAAAGACUAAGUGAAUAUUGCACAUUCAAUUAUCCUAGGAAUACUUCCAGCAAGGUACUCCAAACAGAGUGGACCAAUGUCCAUGCAGAAUAUAGUAGUAAAGUGCUCUGUGCACACCUGGAGGUUUCUUUGAAGGGCAGUUUUUAUUUGGAGUGCAGAACAAAAUACGUUUCCAUAUGACAAAGGUUCAGGGGAGUCAAAUUUAUUUUACAAAUAUCCAGGUGUGCCCAGAAUGCUUUUUCACUACCAAUUAACAUUCCAAUUUUCUCCAUCUUCUCACUAGUCAAUUUACCUUAUUGCCUCCCCCAUUAUGUAUGCCCCUUUAAUUUCUACUCUACCUUUGCAUACAUUUGGCUCUUCUGCACGUUCUAUCUCCCUCCACACAAUUGCUUGGUAACAUGACGAUUUCUAAUAAUGUGGUUGCUUAGUAAUUCAUGUGCUACUGAGAUACUCUUCUAAAAGUGGUACUUCUAAAUAUAAAGUUCUAGAUUAAAACCUGCUACUUAAAUGCACAUAAAAUGUGCAUGAAGACUGCUGCACACACAGCACGUCCUGGUACUCUUUGGAAUCUAAAAGUAAGUGCAACUAGGGAUUUCAUAAAAACACGGGGCUUUGCUUGGAUUUUCACUCUUGCAAUGAUUUUAGUUUUUGCUCAAACAAGACACUUUAUAUCAGUAUUGCAAUUGGCUAUAUGCAAUUAUUUAAUAUGCUGUUUUAAACUGUAUAACUGUUUAACCCCUUAAGGACCAAACUUCUGGAAUAACAUGUCAUGUCCUUAAGGGGUUAAAAUACAUUUAUAAAUGUAUAUUAGUGGUUUUUCUGCAUAGAUGACACUAACAUAUCUAUAUUGCUAGCUGAUCAUAAUACAACUGUAACUUGAUUUUAUAAACCAACCUUUUAUUCUUUCUUAGAUACGUCAUAGUAAGCCCCCCUCCAGGCGCCAGAACCAAGAGCUGCAGAAGUGUGAAGAAAUGUUGUCCAAACUUAUAAAGUACAGAUUUAGCUGGCCUUUCAGGUGAGUUUGUUUACCAUUACAGUAUACCAAGCAUAAGUGACAUUGUCCCAAAUGGUGUCUCUCAGGAUGACACUUGGGCUACACUUCCUCAAGCAAAUACUUUGGUUUGCAGUUCCUACAGAAAAUUAUAAAUAAAUAGAAUAGAUGUAUUCACAGCAAUAUUUAAUAGUAUCAACAGACACAUCAGCUCAAAGUUUUUGCAUCAAUCAAACAGAUACACUUCGCAGUGGCAUAUGACAUCGCAAUGCCGUCAAAACUACAAAUCAAAUGCCCUUGUAAUUUUUAUUAAGCGUGUGUAAAAUAUAAGCCAAACACAUAAAAAUGGCUAGCAGGCUGUUAACUGUAAAAUAUACCCCUAAAAUAAAAAGGUCUGCUUUUAUUUUUUUAAUUGGUAAUUUGUUGAAAAAUCAUGAUAUUGGCCUGGUGAUUCAUACUUCAAUUGUUAAAUUAGCAGUGACCCUUCCAUUCCAUCUUGGAAGUACGUCAGAGUGCUUUCAUUCUAGAUUUGUUAUCCAGCAAACGGUGACAAAUAUGAAGUGCAUAUUCCAACCAGUGGUUCCUGUGAGCUGUUUGGAUCAUUCCACGGAAACUCUGGAGAGUGUGGCACUCCAUAUCAUGUAUGGUUUGUGUUUAUCAAUCCGCAAAAUAAAUCUGUGAAAACCCAUUUUUUGUUCUUUAUAGUUUAUUUUUAUUUGCUAUUCAGGGAGCCUGUGAGUUCUGAAGAUAACGAAGAAUAUCUAAAGGUUGUCACAAGCCCUAUGGACUUCCAGACCAUGCAGAGCAAGUGUUCAUGUGGAAACUACCAGACAGUGCAGGAAUUUCUCAAUGACCUUAAACUGGUAUUUGGGAAUGCAGAGAUGUAUAAUGAACCAGGAAGCCCUCAGAUGUCUUGUUUGGAGAAAACUGAGCAAUGUGCUAAAGACCUCCUCAGUAAGCACCUCCCAGGACAUCCUUACCAGAGGAGGCAUCGUAAACACCAGGCUCUCCAGCCAGAGCCUACCAACGCUGGCAGGGGGCGCAAGCGGAAGAAAUGAAUACUUUGACUGUAAAGGGGACGGGGUAGGGGUCGUGGUUUGAGGGAGAGGAAAACUGGAGGUUGUGGGGACAAAAGCUGUAGGUCAUUCCCCCAGAUCUGAAGACCAAAACCUGCUUUUGUUGAAAAGGAAAGAAUUUAAGGAUGGCUCAUUAAAAAUUUGGAUGUGUGGUUGAUUCUUCUCUGGCGUCUGCUGAAGCCAAGUUAAGGAUAAUUACAAUUCAAAGUUGAUUGAAACCAAAAACAUGGUUCCCAUUACACAACCUUGUAAAAUUUGCUGCUAUCCAAUACUAUGUUAACCCUUUUUAGUUAUUAAUGUCUUCAGACUCACUGCAGAUUUAUUUUAUUUUUUUUGUUUAUGUAAUUUUUAGGUUCUUCAGUGCUUUGAUUCAAACUCUGUUUUGUACUUGUAGAGUCAGAGCUGCACAUAGAACAGUCAUAAGCACUUAUUGAUGUAUUCAGGCAGUGGAAAAAAGAUGGAGCUUUCAGUUCCUCACCACCACUCUGAUCUCUAAAAUAGCAGAGUGUUCCUGGCCCUGUUUACAUUGUUUCGUAAGAUUUCCACACCGACCACUGUUUAAACCUAGAAUGUAGUGGUGUCUUGUAACUUCUCAAAUGUACUCUGCUCUCGUUAAUGUAGAUUAAUACCAUAUUUUUGUAAACAUGUCCCAGACUCUCAAUUGGAGGCAGCAUUGAGACUGGGUUAGAUCUUGUACCCCAUGUCACCAGCACCCAAGUAUUGUAUUUUUUCUGCCGCCCUAUCUCUGUAAAGGUUACCAGCAAACCCUUCUAACACAGGCUGGUUUUGGAGAGGAAUGAAAACAGACCUUGCUGUCCCCUCUGCCUCCCCCUCCCUUAAAAAUAAAAAAUAAAAAUGGGUUCUUUUUAAUUCUUCCUCUAUGCCGACACAGGUAUUCGACCGUCAAACAGGAAAGUCACUUUUGUGUAAUUUUUUUUUUUUUUUUUGUACUGACCUAUUUCCCCCCUAUUUUCUAGAUAUUCAAUGUUUGCUUGUGAUCUUGUAUAAAGGGAGACUUUGUCUGGAUUUGGCACAUGUACAGUACAGUUUAUAUGAAAACAAGUGUUUGCCUUUAUUAAUAUUAAAACAGAAGGAACCACGUGUAACUGUUGUAAAGAGUUUGCUUUUAAGCCAUGUAUCUAUUUCUUCCUUUUUAAACUCUACAGUUUUCUAGAACAUGUCCUGUCCACAAAUAUAAACCACCGUUGUGAUCUUAUAACAGUUUUUAAGAAUUUGUUUUAAAGUAGCAAAGAAGGCUAGAGUUGUGUCCAUUUUAAAAUUGGAUGCACAGAUCAUGCACUACCAUAUGUGUAGAUAAGAUACUCACACUUUGAAUAUCCAUGAAAGAAGAUGCAGACAAAUGUAAGCCAAUCCUCGCAAUCACAUUAAUUUUAGAGAUUUAUCAAUAUUCUAGUCAAGAAGCACACUAAUGUUUAUGUUCAUAUCUCAAAAGUAAUAACAAAUUUAAAGUAUACAGAAAUAAAAAAGCAUGGAAUGAU